UUCUUACACGCGUUUAAAAACAAGCCGUAGAAGAAGAGCGAAACCAGGAAGUGUAUAUGCUGUGUUGUCGUUUCUUACCAAGAUGUCUGGGCAGGAUCACUUGUCUAUCUGUUUGUGUCAUUUAAUCAGAUUGUUGUGUUCGCUGCUCUUGCAAUGCUUCUUCAUAUGUUUCCUGCUGACCGGAGUGUUGUUCCUGUUCAUCAUGGGGAUUCGAGCGUGGCUUCAGCGCAGGAGGAGGAAAGCACGCAGAGAUCGAGAUGGACGACCCGCUGUCGCCUUUUUUCACCCCUAUUGUAAUGCAGGAGGUGGAGGAGAAAGAGUGCUCUGGUGUGCCAUUAGAGCUCUGCAGGGCAGGUACCCGGAUGUGGAUUUUGUCAUUUACACAGGUGAUCAGGGUGUUACAGGUGAGCAGAUAGUGGAUGGUGCUCGUCGCCGCUUUAACAUCCGCUUGCCGCGCCCAGUCCGCUUUAUCUUCCUGAAACAUCGGCUUUUGGUAGAGGCCAGUAUUUAUCCCCACUUCACCCUGCUGGGGCAGAGUGUCGGCUCACUUAUCCUUGGCUGGGAGGCACUCGUUGCCUUUACUCCUGAUCUCUAUAUCGACUCCAUGGGCUACGCCUUCACGCUGCCCGUCUUCCGUUACCUAGGUGGAUGCAGAGUGGCGAGUUAUGUGCACUAUCCCACCAUCAGCACAGACAUGCUGUCUGUAGUCCGUGACAGAAACCCCAGGUUCAACAACGCAGACUACAUCAGUAAUAACCCUUUCCUGAGUGCCAUUAAGGUGGUGUAUUACUGCGCCUUUGCCCUGCUGUACGGUCUCGUUGGCUCCUGCAGUGACAUGAUCAUGGUCAACUCCACCUGGACACUGGGUCACAUCCUGGCACUGUGGCGUGCCCCGAACCGCACCAGCAUCGUCUACCCUCCCUGCGACGUCCAGGCUUUCCUUGACAUCCCCCUGGAGGAAGAAGAGGACAAAGACGGAGCUCAGAAGUGCCACUCCAUAGUAUCGGUGGCCCAGUUUCGACCGGAGAAGGACCACCGACUGCAGGUCAGAGCCUUCCGGAAAUUGUUGGACAGACAACCAGGCAGGAGGGAGAUGGUGAAGUUGGUGCUGAUUGGUGGAUGUCGGAAUCAGGAAGAUGAGGAGAGGGUGCUGAUGCUGAGGGGGCUGUGCCAGGAGCUGGGCGUGGCCGAUAGGGUGGAGUUUAAACUGAAUAUCUCGUUUGAGGAACUGAAGAAGGAGUUAGUGGAUGCUACAAUUGGCCUGCACACCAUGUGGAACGAACAUUUUGGCAUCGGUGUGGUUGAGUGCAUGGCUGCUGGGACGGUGAUCCUAGCUCACAGGUCUGGUGGUCCUAUGCUGGAUAUUGUUGUUUCAUAUGAUGGUGGAAUCACAGGUUUUCUGGCUGAUGAUGAUGAAGGUUACGCUGAUGCCAUUGAGCGAAUUUUCGCCAUGACACACGCAGCACGACUGGAGAUCCGGCGCCGGGCGCGGCAGUCUGUCAGCCGCUUCUCUGACCGGGAGUUUGAGGCAUCCUUCUUGGCAGCCAUGGAACCUCUGAUGGGCACUUUGGAGAGAGAAAAUUUAUGAAGGGAGGAUUGGAGGAUGUGAUUCAGAGCUCGUUAGUACUGACGUAAAAUUUAAAAGUGUUAGCGCAGGCUUGUUCAUGAGCAUUCAGCAUCCCUGUAAAAAUCCUCCUGGACUUUACUUUAGAGUUGUGUUGUGGUUAAAGAGAGUCGUGUUUUCAGCUUUAAGUUAGAAUACAUGCUCGACCUUCCAAGCUCACAAAACCCACUUUCAUAAGUUUAGUCGAACAAAUAAGCUGCUUUCAUCUGAUCUAAUUCUGACCUCAAAUAAGAGAUAAAAACCGAAAUGUAAAAUAAGUAAAUAAAAAAAAAAUUAAAACUGCCCUCUGUAACAGAGAAUUUUUCCAGCACACUUGGCAUGGUGAAGCUGAUGUGACUAGAGUCCGGUGAGCAAACCGUAAACAAACAAGCCGACUGUUUGUUUUGUUUCAAAACACAGUUCUGUCUCUCGCUUUCUCACACUUUGCAUCUUCAUGUUUACCUUUGUCUUAGUUCGUUUUGUCUCGUUCCUGCCUGGGUCAGAGGCCGUCUUUUCAAAACGUCUGCUUUUCUCUUCGGUUAAGUUAGACAGCUUGUAUGGUAGUGAAUUUGCACCUUCUCCUUUUUUUAUUCGAAGACUGAUAUUGCUAGAUAUUUUUGGGACCAUGGGACCAAAAAAAGUGUAUUUCCUUGAAUCAUAAGUCUAAUUUAUGAGAAUAUUUACA